UCCAGUGUUUCUAAAAGUAAAAGUUUGGCGUCGAUAAAACGAGAAAGUUAAGCCUAACCUAAUUAUUUGAUAGUUAAUCAUACAUUAAUUCACAAUCAUCGUUUUUUAGUGUUAGUGAUGUUAAGUUAGCCUUGCAAGGAAAAUAAAUAGUUAAACAUGUUUGUUGCUAGAAGUAUUCAUGCAGACCACAAAGAUCUUAUUCACGAUGUCGCUUACGAUUUUUAUGGAAGAAGACUGGCCACUUGUUCAAGUGACCAGAGUGUAAAAAUUUGGGAUGUAGGGGAAGACGGACAAUGGCAUUGUACAGCUAGCUGGAAGACCCACAGUGGCUCCGUAUGGAAAGUAACUUGGGCUCAUCCUGAGUUUGGUCAGGUUAUUGCAACCUGCUCUUUUGAUCGGACUGCAGCUGUUUGGGAAGAACUAGUCAUAGAUAACAGUGGUGGAGAACGGAGUCAGUCACAUUGGGUGAAACGAACUAGCCUAGUGGACAGUAGAACCUCAGUUACAGACCUCAAGUUUGCCCCGAAGCAUCUAGGCCUUCAGCUUGCUACUUGUUCGAGUGAUGGUAUAAUCCGAAUCUAUGAAGCUCCUGACGUAAUGAAUUUAAGUCAGUGGUCACUGCAGAAUGAAAUAUCCAGUAAACUUAGUUGUAGUUGUCUUACAUGGAGCCCAUCCAGAGUUCAUCCACCCAUGAUAGCUGUUGGGAGUGAUGAUGCUAAUCCUUCAGCUGGUGGGAAAAUUUUGAUUUAUGAGUAUAAUGACAACACCAGAAGAUGGGUAAAGGUUGAAAGUAUCAUGACAGUAACAGAUCGUGUGCAUGAUAUUGCUUUUGCUCCUAACCUGGGCCGAUCCUAUCAUCUCCUGGCAGCAGCAGCUAAAGAUGUGCGCAUCAUUUCCCUGAAGCCACUUAAUAUAGAUCAGACCUCAACUGCUGUCCAAACUAGUGUUCCCAAAUUUGAAAUCCGUCAAGUUGGUCAGUUUGAUGACCAUAACUCUCAAGUUUGGCGAGUGAGCUGGAAUAUCACUGGAACAAUCUUAGCAUCCUCGGGAGAUGAUGGAUGCAUCAGAUUAUGGAAAGGAAACUACUUAGACAACUGGAAACUUGUGUCUACAUUACAAGGUGAUGGAUCAGCUGUUACUGGAGAUAAAUCACCUGCACCAAGUAGCUCCAUUUCUUCCACUCCCUAUUACAAAUUGGGACAAAUUACUGGUCCUGGACAGGUGCCAUGGCACUGACUGUAUGCUUAUAUGUGUCAUCUUCUGUUGAGUAUUUCAUGUACAGAACACCUUUUUUGAUUGUGUUAAAGAAGUUGAUUGUUGUACCAGCAAUUAAAGUUAAAAUAAAUAACUGGUAUUAUGUUAA